AUUAGAAACAUCUCUAAACCGUUCUAAUAUUUAUGAUUUUAAAUUGUUCGCUAGAUAUGUUUUUAUUAUAAUUUUUUAUUUUAUUAGAAAAAAACAAAAAAGAAGGAAAGGUUUUGUAUUUCAGCUGCCGACAGUAGUUUAAUAUUUGAAUUUAAUGCACACCUAUAUAUAAAAGAUUGAAGGGUGAGGCUUCCCAUUGCGAAGCUGGAGGAAGCAAACUGAAGGGUGACAAAUUUCUAGGGUUUCUGCAAUUCAUCCGUUCUUCCAAGAUUCUUCACUGACGGACAGGAUACUGCUGGAGUGUUCAAAAGAAAACUGGGGGAGGUGCAUACUAUUUAUUUGAUAAAGAAAGAUGAAAGGACAAGGCAGUUAUGUACCACCCCCUUAUAUUCCUUUGGGACAGUCAGAUUCAGAAGUAGAGAUUGUUCCUCAUGACAGUGACCUUCCUGAUCAUCGUCACACCAGUGAUAGCCCAUCUCAGUGGUCUUCUGGAAUCUGUGCUUGUUGCGAUGAUAUGCAGAGCUGUAUGCCACUUUCUGCCUUGUGACCUUGAUUUAUCAGAGGAAAAAUUUAUUAAAGGUUGUAUUGGUUUCUUUUGCCCUUGCUUUCUGUUUGCGAAGAAUGCAGAAUUUUUGGGGUCUGGAACUUUGGCGGGAUCAUGCAUGACUCAUUUGAUUUUUUGGGCUCUUGUCAAUACUGUCUGCUGCUUGUUGAGUGAUGGAACUCUUUUGGGGUUACCUGGAUGCUUUGUUGCAUGUUAUGCUUGCGGCUACCGGAGGGCACUGAGAUCAAAGUAUAACCUGCAGGAAGCCCCAUGUGGAGACUUUACUACUCAUUUCUUUUGCCAUUUGUGUGCCAUUUGCCAAGAGUACAGGGAGAUCCGAGAAAGGUCUGGCCCUGAAACCCCUGAUCUUAGACUGUCAGUAGUCACAGCCCCACCAGUCCAGACAAUGGAAACAGCUUCAAAGGAAUAACAUGCUUUUGCCGCUCCCCUUGGAGUUGGUCUGUAUCCUGCUAUUCCCCACCCCCCGUCAUCCCCAAGCUCUCGUUUGAGCAUGUUGUCCCUAAGACUAUUUCCUGUAUGUUGAGGUGUUUUAGGUUUGUAGUAGUGGAUUUCAGAUCUUCAAUACCUGUAUUUCUUACAUGAUAAAUUUUAUCGGAUAAAGUAAAACUUUAUGGUGGCA